AUGACACCAUGUUGGAUUUUGCUUAAGAGGCAGCGUAUCGCGCAAUCUUCGCUAUUCUUUCAUCUGCGAAGAGGCAUGGUUAUCGUUCACAACGUUGCCCAGAGUGGUUUUGGCUCUGGCACAAACGAACUCUACGAUCGCGCCCGACCGUCGUAUCAAUCUAAUGCCUUGUCAGCGAUAAGGGAGGCAGUAAAGGCUACCGCCCCAUUAAAUGUCGUUGAAAUUGGUGCCGGAACAGGUCUGUUCACCAAGUCGCUCCUCAAGCAUCCAGAUUUCUCCAGUGCAAUCAAGGAAUUGAGGGCCGUGGAACCUAGCGCUGGAAUGCGCGAAGUUUUCGUCAAGACCGUUCAGGAUGAACGUGUCUCCGUGAGGGAGGGAACAUUUGAUACCACUAACAUUGAAAACGGCUGGGCCGAUCUUGUUACGAUUGCUCAGGCACGCGCAUUUCAUUGGUGUCCAGACUUUGAUGCUGCCUCUGUCGAGUUUGCCAGGAUCCUCAAGCCUGGUGGUGUUGUCGCCUUCAUUUGGAACCUCGAGGAUAGGGAUGCAGCACGAUGGGUUGCUCAACUGAGGAACCAAAUCGAACAACAUGAAGCUGGCACUCCUCAGUUCCGUCUGGGCUUGUGGCGCAAAACUUUUGAUACUGAUUCUUACAAAAAGGUCUUUCAACCGCCAGUGGAGAAAACUUGGGCAUAUACCUUGCCUUGCAACGUCUCACUUGCGGUAGAUAGAGCAAACAGUAAGAGCUACAUCCAGACUUUACCCGACGAUGUCAGAUCUAAAGUAUUGGAUGACGUCAAGGCCAUCGUAGAGCGAGGCGAUGAUAAAGUAUGGAUAGACGAAAGCCAAGGGACCUUCGAAUAUCCUUACCAGACCUUCUUGGUUAUUUCGCACCAGAAGAAUUAG